UAUUUUUUUACCUAUUCUCUGAAACCCAACUCGAAGAAAAAUAGUAGAGAAGAGAUGACGAGCAAGAUUCUAGUGAUUGGAGCGACAGGUCGCAUAGGAAAGUUCAUUGUCGAAGGAAGCGCCAGGUCCGGUCACGCCACUUUCGCUAUGAUUAGAGAAGCGUCUCUCUCUGAUCCAGUCAAGGCCAAACUGGUCGAGAGCUUCAAAUAUCUUGGCGUCACCAUACUCUACGGUAGUCUAACUGAUAAAGAAAGCUUACUGAAGGCAAUUAAACUCGUCGAUGUCGUGAUAUCAGCUGUUGGUCGGCCUCAAAUUCUGGAUCAAAUCAAUAUCAUCGAUGCCAUCAAAGAAUCUGGAAAUGUUAAGAGAUUCUUGCCGUCGGAAUUUGGCAAUGACGUGGACCGGACGAUGGCCAUCCAGCCAACACUAUCAGAAUUUAUCACUAAAGCUCAGAUAAGGCGUGCCAUAGAAGCUGCAAAGAUACCUUACACGUAUGUGGUCACAGGUUGCUUUACUGGUUUGUUCGUUCCUUGUUUAGGUCAAUGCCACUUGGGACUCAGAUCCCCUCCUAGAGACCAAGUUUCAAUCUAUGACAAUGGCAAUGUCAAAGCCAUUUUCAACACUGCAGAAGAUAUUGUUGCAUAUACAUUGAAAGCUGUUGAUGACCCGAGAGCACUUAACAAGAUUCUCUACAUUCACCCGCCCAAGAACAUUGUAUCACAGAACGAUAUGGUUGGUUUGUGGGAGGGAAAGAUCGGUAAGAGCCUCGAGAAGACUUAUGUUUCAGAGGAAGAACUCCUUAAAAACAUCCAAGAGACUAAGCCUCCAGUGGAUUUUCUGGUUGGUUUGAUCCAUACGAUACUUGUGAAGGGAGAUCUUACCUACUUUACUAUAGACCCUUCUUCCGGAGUUGAGGCUUCCGAGCUUUACCCCGAGGUCAAGUACACAAGCGUCGAUGAGUUUCUUAACCAGUUUGUCUGAGAAAAAACUCUUCCUUUAAAUAUAUGUUUCUCAGAUCUCAUCUCAAACGAAACUUAUUUCAUUAAUAAAACACAAAACAUAAAAGGUCCAA